ACGGCCUUCUGUGCUUCACAGAGGUGGUUUGAGCAUCACAUGAUGUAAUGUAAAUGAAAUACUUUAAUGCUAUACCAUGUGUCACAUCAUUGACCAUUUGACCUCAUCUACCGAUUAUUGGGGCAUUCAGAAUCUAAUAUCGCAAGGGUGUCUCACAAAGGGACUCCUGUAUAAUACCUGUGUUUCUACCUUCACUACAUAUAACCCACUCUCCUGGUUUCUCAGGUUGGAAAUGCCUUCAGAGAGAAGAGGAAGAGAGAAGGAAGCUGAUGAGUAAUAUAAGGAGCCCCCUAGGCCGGCAACGUGAUACAAUCCACUUUCGUCAACUGUUAUGUCCAGACCCCUUCUGUGAGGUGUGUAAUAACACAACUGCUGAGAUCAAUCGGAUGCUGUUCCCAGAGGCCCUCGAAGAUGCUACUUCCUUGGGUUCCACAGCUCCUGCGACUGACUCAUUGUUCACUUCAUCCCCUGCCUUCUCAGCAGACCCUCCAGGAGACCUAAUAUCAGCUUCUCUGCCUGAGCCUUCCCUGCCACUUGCCUCCACCUUCCCACCUAACCCAGUGACCCCCUUGGCUGACUGUGUUCCACUCUCACCACCGGAUCACUCUUUGCCACCACAGCCUUGUCCUCCCUUGGAAUCUGAUUUCCCUGAGGACCAUUUCCCAGCCCAACCCCUUGCCGUUUCCCCUCUCCCACCAUGUGAUGCUCAGACAGUGGACCCUGUUGUUCAACCAGAGGCCAAAUUGUCUCUAAAUAUCAUCUCUCUUGACUCCACCAUUUCCCAAGAUGUCAACUCCUUAUCGGAGUUGUCCCAGACAAAGAAUCCCACUGAGACCUGUGCUUGUCAUCAUGCACCACCAACCCUGUCUGUUUCACCACCACCAGACAGCACUUUAACUGUGGCUCAAUCUAAAUCAAUUUCCAUCACCUUGAAGCCUGUUCCGGAGAACUCAUCUCCAGAUGGCCCUGUUGGAUUGUCCACUCAUAUCCCAACAACCACAGGCAUUUACCAUGCAAGCUGGUGUGUCUCAGACUUCUCUUGGUGGAAAACUCAUGCCAAAGACUUCUUCCCUUCUACCUUGGCUCAAUGUGAUUUCAGCCAAGAGAUUCUUGCCCUCCGUUCUGAGGCUUCUUCCAGGGGAGACCCUGUGGCCUACGUUGUAGAGCCUGGUAACCUGUCUUUCCUCAGCCCCGAAGUCCUGGUACUUCUGGAGAAACAAGUCCAAAAGAGGAGUGAUUUCUUGAUAUGGAAGGAAAAGAAGGGUUCUUUUCCAAAACAACUCAGGCCAGGCUACACACUAAAUUCUUUGGGAAAAAUGUCAGAGUCAGUUGCUGCCCAGCCUGACUUGGCAGCCUCCCUUCCUUUCUGGAACAGCAAAGACAAAUCAAAGGAGCUGCAUGUGCAUCAGCAGCCCCCCUAUCCUACAACCUUGGUAGAGGUCCAUUUACAGCAAACACCUUUGCAGCUCUUCUGGGGUCUCCCAACUCUGCAUACUGAGUCUUUGCCCUCUGUUGCCCAUGUCUCAGAGGAUUGUUCCUCAACCUUUAUUUUCAAUAGAAUCUCUACCUCCACAGACCAGGAAUCCCCAGGACUUCCCCCUCCACUUCCUCAGGCCCUGCCUAAGAUCCAGCCUCAAUCCCUGCCUCAACCCCAGCCUCAACCCCAGCCCCUGCCUCCCACUCAAGUCCAGCCUGAGACCUACCUUCAAUCCCCACUCCCAAUCCUGCCAUCUAGUCCUCUACCCCAGAUUAAGAGCUGUGGAGUAUGUUUUCAUAGACCCCAGAAUGAAUUGGAGUCUCUCAUCCCCUCUGAAAUUCAAGACCUAGAAUGGAAUGUUUUGCAGAAGCAACAGGCAAGUUUGUGGGGUUUACCCGCUGUGGUUCAAAGAUCCCAUGAGGCCUUUUGUCCUUCGGCUCCUAACCUGUCUAACCGCCGGGCCAUCCAGGCCCAUGGUGCAGUCUCUAUCCUUCCUGGACAGUUUCCUCUCAGUGAUGAGCUUCGUAAGAAACUAGAGCAUCACCUCCGAAAGAGGCUCAUCCAGCACCGGUGGGGCCUUCCCCGCAGGAUCCAUGAGUCUCUAUCACUGAUGAGGCCUCCGAAGAAUUUUUCAAACAUGCCUGAGAUGGGGCACUAUCGUAGACUCCAACAGACCUCUAAGAGUCAGAGUAGCAACACUCUAAAUGUUGGGUUGAGCCCACCUGAAAGCUUCCAUGAGGGGGACUCAGAAAUGCUUCAGCUAGAGGACCCCUUUGGGAAGGAUCUGGGAAACAACCCAGAGAAUGGGCCAAAAGAUCAUCUGUUGAGUGACCCAGAGAGCUCUUCAGAUAAGGAUAUGGGGUAUGAUGCUGAGGAAGAACUUAUGAGCCCAUCCGAGAAUACAUCAAGGGCAUCUGUGGAGAGACUAGGCCAAAGGCAACUUGAAAAUGUCCUCAGAAUACAUCUGAGCAAAAAGUUGGAGGAAAUCAAUGAGGGUCAGCUCCCCGGGACCGUGCAUAGUUCAUGGCACACUAUGAAUCGGACGUUGCUUCAUCCUGAGAAAUCCCACACUGAAAUACAACAGAGAGUUCGGCCACCAUCAGUGGGUGGGGAAUAUUGCCUGAAUACCUCCCGGGAGCUUUCCUUCAUUGAAUCUAAUGCACAGCAGAUGCUGGAGUCCCAUAUUAAACAAUUCCAUCAUAGAAUGGUAGAGGGCGUUCCCCUAAGGACCUUGAAUCCAUACUCUAAAUCUCUCCAUGGAGACAAAGUGGGAACAGCAAAUUCAGCCCCCAUCCUGGAUCAUUCUCUCCCUGCCACCUCAACUGUGGGCAAGGAAGGACAGGGAAUCCCAGCAAAAUCACCACGUCCUAUCAACCAUGGGCUUGCAGAAAAAGUUCAGAAAAUGAAGGAUGGCAGACAGACUCUUCAACCUAUCAGACAUAGCAGCAUAGGCAAAGCAAGCCAGACACAGACUGUGCCAGACAACAGAAUGCCCUCAAAGCAGCCCGCAAGGCAAGCUGGCACCAGGCGGGAGCCAAAGGAUAAGACCGUAAAUCCCAGCGAUAGAGUCAAGAUGCAACAGGGCAAAAUGGUAGUGAAUCCAGAACCUGUUUCUGUGCCCAAAGUGUCCAGGGAGUUAUUCAGGGCUGAGGAGCUAGAUGGGCGUCAAUCAAAACCUAGAGAUAGCUUGACAACCAGCCAGCCAGGAAGCCCCCAAAUGAUAAAUGUGAAUGCAAAUAAGGACAAACGUACCAUGACCAUUAAAAGCCACCCACCAAACACAUCAAUUCCCCAAGAUCCUAAUUUAACAGAAUGCCUGUAUAAGGAAGUAAAGCUUAAAUUGGAGCAAAGACAGCAGAGCUGGGCCCAGAGCAAAGACAACGACCUGCCCCCCUCGACUUCCAAGGCCUCCCUGACUCAUGACCAGGAGGACUCCACUGGGGACAUGGGAGCUUCCCAGGUGCUUCACGUCCGUGUGCAGGACACAGGAAUUAGUACGGAACAGCAGCAGGAUACGUGGGUCCCUAAGCAUGUCUUAAGGAAGCACCAGCACAAGAAUCUCCCACCAGCUACAGAGACAGUGAGCCCUCCGUGUUCCAAAGCACAAGAGUUUGGUGGAGGGGAUGCAGGGUUGGGGACAUCCCAGCCUAUAAGGAAGAGUUGCCCUCCUCGGGACGUGGCACUGGCGGAGAAGCCUGGGAGCCAAUCCUCCCGCACCCUAUCACAGAAGGGUCAGCCUCCCUGUGAUGAAAGCCUUUUUAGAAAAAAAGUGAAGGCUAUUUUACAAUGGCUGAAUCCUGGCAGAAAGUGCAAAAGACAAGAAAACUCCCAGGAAAAGGGCAUCCUGCCAUGUGUGCAAAGCAGAGGCAUGGUUCAAGGUAAAGCUGCCUUUACUGGGAGGACCGAAGCUCAGAAACUCAGGAAAGAUGUUGGGAAGUUCUUAGAAGAGAAGCUGGGGCACCGGCAUGCUACAGAUAGCGCCUGUCCUCAACAGCCCCUUCUGUCCUCAGCCAAGUUUGGGAAACCUCGGAAGGAAGCACAAGUGCAGGCCCAGGCACAGCCUGUCCAGGGGCCUCCUCUCAGCUACAGGGCUCCCUCCUGUAAAGAGAGAAAUACCAAGUCCUGUCACCAAGAAGCUGUCUUUGUGGGCCACAGCCAUUCUCCAAGUAUUAGACAGAUCAGGGACAAGGGCAGACACCCCCAGGAAGCUGUGGCCCUUAAGGGCCAGCUGUUGUGUCAGAACCAUCGCCUGUCUGUGCCCCACAGGGAGCCUGUGCCCCACCCACACUGCACCUGCAGGCAUCAAGCUGGCCAGGGGCCUCCAGCCACUCUCACCACUGCUGAAGGCACGGUUAUGCCAUUGACCCUGCAGCAUCUGAACAUUAAGGUCACAGAAUUCAGAGUCUAUGGGGAGCCUGAGAGUGACAAUAGAUGGAAUAUGGUCCAGAGCAGGGAACAUGAAGAAGUGAGAAGCCCCCUGUGCCGGCAUCAUGAUACCAUGCACUUUCGUCAACUGUUAUGUCCAGACCCCUUCUGUGAGGUGUGUAAUAGUACAACUGCUGAGGUCAAUAGGCUGCUGUUCCUGGAGGUCCUGGAAGACGCUACUCCCUCUGUGAUCCCCUUGGCUGCCACAGCUCCUAAUGGAAAACACAAAUCAAAAAAGACAAUGGUGGGUAGGGUUUGCUGCCAGAUUACCAUUCUGGAGCCUUCCUUUCUCGAUCCCAAUACCCGACGGCUGCUAGAGGCCCAUAUUGUAAGAUUUCAGAUGAGUCAGAGGUGGGGUCUACCACUCAGGGCUCUUGAAUCCAUAAAAUUCUAUAUGUUGAGAGAAGACACAACAUGGCCUCUUCCCCAAUUAGACAUUCCCUCCUCAGCCAUGCAUAUUUCUCUGGUGGAUUCCAAAGCUGAGUUUUCUAACCCCCGUGAGAGAAGCUCUAAAACUUUUCAUGGCAACAGGAUGAGAACACCAAAUUUAGUCCCCACCCUGGAUCAUUCUCUCCCUGCCAUGUCACCUAUGGGCAAUGAAGGACAGAGGGCCCUGAAAGCAUCACUCUCUGACACCAACCAUGAGCUUGCAGAGGGUAUCCAGACAGCUGCAUAUGGAAGUCAGACUUUUCAGCCCCUUAUGCAGAGCAUCAUAGCUCAAGUGAGACAGAGGGCGGCUGUACUAGACAAUAGAUGUCGCCCAGAGGUGCCCCCAAAGCAAGCUGAAGAUGGACAUGAGCCAAAGGAUGAGAAUGUGAGUCCUAGCGAUGGAACUGAAAUGGCUCAGGGCAGAGUGAUGGUGCAGAAGAAUUUAGGCCAUUUUGCAAAGCACAACUUGUCCAGGGGCGUAUUCAACACCGAGGAGCUGUGUACUCUUCAAUCCCAAUCUUGUGAAGUCUUGACAACCAGUGAGUUGGAAAGCUCCAAAAUGACAAAUGUCAAUUUGAGUGAGGUAGAAGCUGUGCCAAUCACUGAACAUUCUUCACCAAAAACACUGGCUCCCCAAGAUUCUAAACUAUCAGACUUUGAAAGACAUCUCUUUAGUGAGUUAAAGUUGAAUUUCGAGAGGGUAGAGCACAGUCAGGCUCAAGAGUUUCCCACUGACAUGCCCCUUAAUUCAGAUAGCUUGAUGUACAAGGCCCCACUGACUCAGUUCCACAGUGACUGUAGUGGGGAUAUGGGAGCCUCCCAGGUGCUGCAUGUCCACUUGGAGGACAAUACAGUACGGAGCAGCAGCAGGAGUCCUGGCACUCUAAGCUGGUCUUAGGUGAGUGCAAGCCUAAGAAUUUUCCACAAAGAAAAAGUGCAGAGAAAGUGAGACCUCAGGGUUCCAACGCAGGAAAAUGUAGAAGGGAGGAUUCAGGGAUAGGAACAUCUGUAGCCAGAAAGAAGAGCCACCGUGUUGAGGACAGAAGAUUAGAGAGUGCUUCCUCACCUGUGUCACAGAAUGAACAGUUUCCUCCUAAGAGUUACUUCAGAAAAAAGAUGAGGGAAUUUAUUAAGUGGAUCAAGUCCAAGCAGAAAAUCACAAAGCAGGAAAUUUCCGGAACCAAGACCCAGUUGAAAGUGUGACUGCUCUUGUGAGUGCUGGGCUCAUGAGCUCAUGAUUACUAUUGAGAAAAACCUAGAAGAGAAGGUGGCAUGUAGGUAUGAAUCUGAGGCCUCAGAGUUAAGCCCGCAGAAGGAAGAACUGUAGGCCCAGGUAGAGUCUAACAGGACAUAUCCCUCCAAUAUUGGGCUUUCUCUGACCCACAACACGAUAAACAGGCAAGUAUUGUUAUAUAGCCAAGAAGCUAUCUCUGUUGAACAGAACUGUCUUACAAGUGUCAGGCAGAACAGAGAAAGGAUCAGACACUCCCAGAUACUUGGUACUUUCAAGGAGCAGCUAUUAAGCCAGUCAACCCCCUUCUCCUCUGCCUUCCAGGGAGCCUGUGUGUCAUCCAAGCCCUACCUGUGUGCAUCAAUUACGCGAAGUCCUUCCAGCCACCCUGACCGCUGAUGAAAGUACUAUGUUCAGAGUUGACUCUUCUAUUCGAGCAGAAAACGCUUCUCCAUCACUUCCAGGGAGCAGAAAUUUCCCUAAAGAAAUUGUUUUGUACUUGCUGAGAAAGCCUUAUAAUUUUCACGAUAACUUAUCCUCCUAUGAAAACUAUCUUUAUUCAAUACAACCAAGAAUAUUAAUCCUCCUCAAUACAUUUUUGUUCUAACAAGA